AUGGAGCAGCCAUCAGAACAAGUCCAGUCUGAAUUAGACAGUUUCCGAGAGAAAUGGCGUGCUGAAGUCUCGGCACGGAACAAGAAGGCAUCAGCAGACUCUCAAGCAAGCACAUUAAAGGCUUCAUCGGUAGCAUCAUCAUCAUCAUCCGCGGGGCCCUCUCGGAGACAAUAUGACCAAAAUCAAAAGAGACUGCCAACGCGCGAUGAUGUCGCCCAUCAUCAUGACGCCGAAGACGAGCAUGUCCGCACCAUGGCCUUUGACGAUGAUCCCGCCAAAGGCAAGACUGUGCAGUCGUCUCUUGAGCAUGCCCCAGCGGCGGACAAGGAGCCAGAGACGGCCCUGGAGUUCUAUGAAAAGGCCGUCGACAAGGAGACCUCGGGCAAGCUGGGCGACAGUCUUCACCUCUACCGCCAGGCCUAUCGUCUGGACAACCGCGUCGACCGGACCUAUCGUGAGAAGCACUUUCCUGGUGUCUGGAAGAAGAAGCAGCAGCAGCAACCGUCAGCUGGAGCAGCAACACAUUCCGUUGGCGGUGAUACUACCAAUCCCUCCAACGCCGCCGCCACGGUGCCCAACACGGCCCACCAUUCACAAGAAAGCGCCCCCGUCUCAUUAUCACUGCCAGACCUCCUUGCCAGCUUUGCCGGGCUGAGUCUACAGGGUGCACCUCCGGCCGUGGAAGGCAUGCCGCCGCCCCCGUGCCCCAUAUCCGAGCUGCCCGAUGAAAUUCUGGUGCAUAUACUGCGUGAUGUUGCCGUUUUAGACGUUGCCGACUUUGUCCGGCUCUCCCUCGUCUGUAAACAAUUUGCCUACCUCGUGGCCACCGAGAACCAGGUUUGGCGGCGGGUCUGUCUAGGGUCCGAGUUUGGCUUUGGCGGCAUGGUCUAUCACUGGCAACGCGGCAUCGCGUGGGAGGAGCUCGACCCGCAGCUGGAACUGGCCGAAGAGGACAUCUUUUCCAUGGCCGAGCUCUCCCAGCGGCGCGCCGAGGAUGCCGAGAGCACCACGCACGAGCUCUAUGACGCCGGCGUCUACCCUUCUUGGCAGCGCAUGUUUCGCCAGCGGCCGCGGAUCCGAUUCAACGGCUGCUACAUUAGCACCGUCAACUACAUCCGCACCGGUCUGGCCUCGAGCAACCACAUUACCUGGAACAGCCCCGUGCACAUUGUGACCUAUUACCGCUACCUGCGCUUCUUCCGCGACGGCACCGUCAUUAGCCUGUUGACCACCAACGAACCCGUCGACGUGGUGCAUCAUCUGACCAAGGCCCACGUGCGCCAGCACGAAAACAAGGCCGCCUCUCAUUUACCUUCAUCCAUCAUGUCCAAUGCGCUCAAGGGCCGGUGGCGGCUCUCGUCGUCGAUUGACAACCCCGACAUCCCUCUGGCCGCGGCCGAAGGCGACCUCUUUGUCGAGACCGAGGGCGCCCACCCAAAGUACACCUACCGCAUGGAGCUCAGCAUGAAAAGUGCCGGCAAGACCAAGAACAACAAAUUGACAUGGAAAGCGUUUGGUCUAUACAAUAAAUUGACUGAUGACUGGGGAGACUUCAAUCUGAAGAACGACAAGCCAUUUUAUUUCAGUCGUGUCAAGAGCUACGGCGUCACAGGCGAGUAG